UAUAGGACAGUGUUAUUCAGCCUGACCUCUGUGGUUCUUCUUGUCAUCACUACUGACUGGAUAAGCUGGGACAAGCUGAAUCGUGGAUUUCUACCCAGUGAUGAAGUCUCGAGAGCUUUUUUGGCAUCUUUCAUCUUGGUUUUUGACCUUCUCAUUGUUAUGCAGGACUGGGAAUUUCCACACUUUAUGGGAGACGUUGAUGUCAAUUUGCCUGGUUUACCUACAUCACAUGUGCAGUUCAAACUACCAAAAUUUCAAAGAAUAUUUAAAGAAGAAUAUCACAUACAUAUAACAGGUAAAUGGUUCAACUAUGGGAUUAUCUUUCUUGUGCUGAUCCUUGAUCUCAACAUGUGGAAGAACCAAAUCUUUUACAAGCCAUCAGCAUAUGGCCAGUAUAUAGGCCCAGGUCAAAAGAUUUAUACAGUUGAAGAUGCUGAAAGUUUACAAUAUCUUAACCAGACGAUGCUAUCUUGGGAGUGGAGGUCAAACAACACAGACCCUUAUACUAACAGAAGCUAUGUUGAAGGAGACAUGUUCCUUCAUAGCAGGUUUAUUGGGGCAAGUCUUGAUGUGAAAUGUUUGGCUUUUAUUCCUAGCCUUUUGGCUUUUGUGUUGUUUGGAUUCUUUAUUUCAUUCUUUGGGCGCUUUCAGAAAAGUGAACAAGGCAUGGAGAAUAAAGAUAAAUCAUACAAACGCAUCAACAGGAAGUCACCUUCUGAACACAGCAAGGAAAUGGGAAUGACUAUAGAAAAUUUGCAAGCUGUUGUAGAGGAGCCCUUAUGUCUACAUCACCCAACACUUGUAGAUGGAAGGACAAAGGAAGAUGAAGUGUUGUGCUACCCAGCUUCUACAACGGAGUCAGAUAACCCUUCUUCAUUGUCACGAUCUGAACCAGUGGCAGACAUCGUCCCCUAUGAUGAUGCUUUUAGUUAA